AUGCCACCACAGAGCAGAGGCUCUCCGCCCAAACCACCUCGUGGCUUUUCUGACCCUCGAUCAGCGCCUCCCACACUUGCCCCAUUCCUUGACAAUCUCCCAUCACCGGCAUCCACAAUCUCCGACCAGCGAAAUCCUACCGCCAAUGGAUACGCCGACCAUCCCAUUCCAAUCUCUCCUACAUCCAACCGUCUACGCCGCACAACAAUAACCAAUCGGAAUGAGAAUAAGAAUGACGAUAAGAAUGAAAAUGACGAUGGCGACAACCAAGACCUAUCAGACUACGACCCGAAUCUGGACGAUGCGGAUUUUCAAUCGCAUUACUCCAUCUCCGCAGAGAAUUCCGACCCAGAUACCGGCUCACCCGCCUCCGAGGAGGAGGACGCACACAACCUCUCCCUCCACCUCUCCGCCCCAACCCACCAGUUACCUACGGCAUGCAACAUCGGCGCAAUCGCUGCCCGCUCCACCACCACCGCUCCCGCUCUUCCCGCCCUUCUACAACCGUCCACCAACGCCGCUGCCGCCCUCGCCGAGCCUGACCUCGCUCCUCCGACCGCCCAGCCUGCUCAACCGCUCGACGACCUCGACGCGGCCCACGACGCCCGACUCGAGCGACGUGGAAACGCCCAACGACACGGAGGCGGCGGUGGCGCAAUCGGCGCGGCGCGCGACCGUCGUGUCGCGCGUGUCGCCCAAGGUGCCGACCUACGAAUACUACGGCUUCGUGCUCUACCUGGCCUCGUCGCUGGCCUUCGUGCUCUACCUGCUCUGGUCGUACCUGCCGUCGCCCUUCCUCGCCGCCAUCGGCCUCCACUACUACCCGAACCGCUGGUGGUCGCUGGCCAUCCCGUCGUUUCUGGUCAUGUUGAUCGUCUACAUCUACGUGGCGUUGCUGAGCUACAAUGUCGAGAGUACUUGACCCUGCCGAUGGCGAGUGUCGAGUGUAUGGUGGAUGAGGCGGCGAAUAUUGCGGUGGUGGAUGCGAAGGGCCGGUUGAGGAAGGGGGGCAGCAAGAUGGAUUUGAGGAGUGCGAGUAGUGGCAAUGGGAGUUGGGGGAGGAAUAGUGGGGGAUUGGCCGUGAUGAUGACGGCGACGGGUGGUGGGAAUAAUGGGCAGAGGAGAUGGGGGGGAGGAGCAGGAGGGACAACAGAGAAGAUCCAAUGGAGGAAUUUGUGGAAUGAGGGGACGGAUGCGGUGAUGGAUAUCCCUAUUGGAGGGGUCUGUGAGGUCUUGUAUGGUGAUGGAAGAGAUGCGGAUGGGAUAUGA